AUGCCCUUUGCAAUUCAAACUAUUCAAAGCGCUCCGCUGGAUUCGGAGUUUACUCCUUUACAGGAGCAUCAGUCAUAUACUCCAGCUAGCUUCUCUCUUGAAGAGAAUCCUAUCCUUUACCUGAAAAGUACAGCUGCUAAAAUUGAGACUUCAAAGCCAUUACCACAGGUUCCAAAUGCUACUGUAAUCACAGGUGACAUCUAUAUUUCUUCGUCUUACUUGACUAUUUGGAUCCCGGAUCACUCCGUCGGGGUAACAAUUCCUUACCAAUGUAUUACUCUCCAUGCCAUUCAAAGUGGAGGAGAGUCCGUCUAUUUGCAGAUCGAAUCAGAGGGAUUAGUAGAGGGAAACCCUUCAUUUGAUGAUGCUCCUAUUAUGGAGCUCACAAUAUCUUUGGAAAAGGAAAAUGACCCAACGAUACGCGAUUUGUACAACGCUUUGAGUGAAUGUUCAUCUUUGCACCUCGAUGUUAGCGAGGGUGAUGAGGAGGAUAUUGAUGGAUUUGAAGGAAUGGGUGAGGGUGAUGACGGCUGGAUUACUGCCGAGAGUUUAAUUAGUGGCCAGGGUGACGACGAUGUUAGCUUAGAUGCUAGUAAGGAAAAUGGGCAUGGACCAGCAGCAGCUUUAGAAGUUGCAGUUGCGGAUGCUGAGAGUGUUAGAGCAGGCCAGCGACGUGGCAGAGAAGAAAACGAAGAUGAGGAAGUUGAUGCCGAAGAAGAGUCUGUGGAGGCAGAGGAAUCAAAAUGGCGAAGGACCAACUAA